AUGGCGAAGAUAUCUCAAACGUCGCCGGCGAUUCCUCAUCUCAGCCUUGGUCGUGCAGACGUUCUCGGUAGGACGAUGGAGCCUUCACAGGAGCCACCGAAGUUGUUCCAUUCCCUGCAUCACCUGAAGAAGUGCUCGGUGCUCAGCUUGGCGGCGGACGCCAGUUACAUCUAUAGCGGAAGCCAGAGCGAUGACAUUGCAGUCUGGGACAAACAAACGUUCACCUUGAAGACUACCCUCCGCGGCCAUACCGGCAGUGUCCUCGCUCUCGAGUAUGCGCCAGAGCUGCAAUUGUUGUUCAGCGCUUCAGGCGAUGGCACGAUUAGAGCAUGGUCGGCGGACACGCUUAUGCCCCUCUUCGUCAUUAAUCCCCAUCUUGAUUCCGGGGAUCUAUUCUGCCUGGCAUGGCACCCCGGAACGAGCACUCUCUAUUUUGGUUGCCAAAACACGUCUAUACAGUGGUUCAACUUUGACGGCUUCGCAUCGUUGGAAACGCAGACGGACGUGAACGGCCACGGCUCGUCGCGUGCACGCGCUGCAACCCCGAUGACGAGUCCAUCGAUUUCUUCAGUCCGCUCGGAUUCUAUUGACAGACUAAUGCUGGAGACCGCGGUCAGCAAUGGCACCAACACGCCCCGCAAGGUGCACAAAUUCUUUGAUUCAUAUCCUCAGUACGAGCGUCGUACGCCCGAUCUCAAUGCACGUAAUCCCAACCUCGGAAACCCGGGUCUCGCUACACCCCCGCCAUCAUCUCCGCCUGGAUUCGCCACGCCUCCACAUCUCCAACAGAGCGCGUCCGGGUUAGGGGAUGCGUGUGUUGUUCCACCGCCACCGCAACCGCCAACAAGGACCCUGCAAGUACCAGCAGAGAAUACGAUCUGGUCUGCGCAUUACGGAUACGUGUAUUGCAUGGCUACUGUGCCCGGUAUACGUGAAGGAGCGGAUAAUGUCCCUCGACUCAACCCGGAUUCCGCGCUACUUCUCUCUGGGAGCGGAGACUCGACCGUCAAGGUUUGGUCGCUAUCCACAAAGCUUCCGACACUCCAGCACACGUUCGAUUGCGGUUAUGGUGCUGUGCUUUCGAUGGUUGUGCGCGGGGAUACUAUCUACGCAGGCUGCCAAAAUGGCUACGUCAAGAUCUUGGACCUUGAGACCAAGACCCUCGUCAGAAGCUUGAUCAUCACGGAGAAUGUGGACAUCUUGUCAUUGUCCUUGCUGCACUCGGAUCUGUACACAUGCUCCGCGAAUGGUGAAAUCCAGCGCUGGUCUGCGUCGUUCAACCAGACAUCGCACUGGAAGUCCCACGCUGGCAUCGUCCUGUCUUCCAUCGUCACCCGCUCGUCAGACCUACGAGCGGACGGAACGAUCACUUCUGAGCUCAACGGAGAUGCAGGAAAGCCCUGUGACCGAUUCGUCUUGGUGACAGGCGGAAACGAUGACCAGAUCAAGAUAUGGGAGGUCAACCCACCGAAGCCUGCACCUCAUACCAUUGCUAAUUGCGAGGACUUGGACGCAGUUGAUUUGGAUCUGUCUAAUGACACGAUGGUCUACACACUGUCGAAGUUUGUCUCCAUUCCAAGCGUCAGCGACAGUGCCCGGUACAGAGAAGACUGCAGACAGGCCGCGAUAUGGCUCAGAAAAUGUCUCGGGCAACUGGGCGCACAAUCAUACUUGUUACCCACAGGCGAAGAUACGAACCCACUGGUGCUUGCGACCUUCCACGGAACACAAACCGAGUACAAGAAGCCAAGGAUUCUAUUCUAUGGUCACUACGAUGUCAUCUCUGCGCGAGGCAGCAAUUGGGAAUCCGACCCAUUCACGCUCUCUGCUCGUAACGGUUAUUUGUACGGACGCGGCGUCACUGAUAAUAAGGGACCUAUUAUGGCCGUCGCGUGCGCAGCAGCUGAUCUACUGAAGCGACGUGCCCUGAAGAUGGAUGUUGUGAUGCUACUCGAAGGUGAGGAGGAAGCAGGAAGCCGUGGGUUCAUGGAGACUGUACGGAAGAAGAAGGAUAUGAUUGGGCCUAUCGACGCCAUUCUGAUCAGUAACUCGACAUGGAUAGCGGAGGACACCCCUUGUAUCACCUAUGGUCUCCGUGGUGUUAUUCAUUCUGUUGUCAAGGUCUCGAACAACGGGCCUGACCUGCACUCUGGUGUUGAUGGCGGUGCCGUCGCAGAACCUAUGGUGGAUAUGUGCGCUGCAUCCUGUUAUUUUGUAUUCGCUUUCUUCAGCUAA